AUGGUGGGGUGGUUACUGCGAUGCCCACUCGUUUCCUCCCUGCGGCCUCUGCAAAUUCCCCAGGCUACUGCAGUGCAGCCUGUGGGCGGCACUCUUUACGCAGCGGUGGCUGCGCGCAACGCAACCAGUUACUGCAAGCUGUGGGCGUCGGAUCAGAAUCCAUGUGAAGCCAGAGGGUGGGUCCUGCUGGGAAGAGCAGCACACUUCGCGCAGCGGUGGCUGGUGCGCAACCAGUACGUGGUGGGGGGGUACUGCCGUGUGGUGGAGACUCUGGAGGAGAAGCGGAGGAAGAGGAAUGCUCCCCCGCCGCCCCCGCCACCACCGGAGGAGGAGGAGGAGUUGAAGCGGAUGGCAGAGGAAGAUGGUGCCUUGCAAACCAACGAGUGUCCCAAGCUCACGUGCAACACGGUAACGCGUGGGUACAUGUUUGACCACGAGGGCAAGGGCCACUUCAACUUCACCUACACAGGCAUCGGCCCCGCCCGCCCGCACACGUGCUACCUGCUGUGCCGGAGAACCCCCGGGUGUGCCUUCUGGAUGUACAACAUGCGGUCCAAACGAGUCCAAGCGAGUCCAAGCGAGGUGAGUGGGGCGCUGUGGUUGGGAUUGCAGCCUUUAAGCUCAUCGCGCCUUGAUGUGCCGGAGCACUCCCGGGUGUGCCUUCUGGAUGUACAACAUGCAGUCCAAGCGAGUCCAAGCGAGGUGAGUGGGGCGCUGUGGUUGGGAUUGCAGCCUUUAAGCUCAUCGCGCCUUGAUGUGCCGGAGCACUCCCGGGUGUGCCUUCUGGAUGUACAACAUGCAGUCCAAGCGAGUCCAAGCGAGGUGAGUGGGGCGCUGUGGUUGGGAUUGCAGCCUUUAAGCUCAUCGCGCCUUGAUGUGCCGGAGCACUCCCGGGUGUGCCUUCUGGAUGUACAACAUGCAGUCCAAGCGAGGGAGCAGAACCCGUGUGAGCCCACAGACGCAUUUGACUCCACCACUGCACAUUAUGUGGCGAAGCGGCCCACGGGGUCGUUUGUGAUUGGUGGGAACUGUGACAAGCUGCCGCCCAUGAAGGCUGAUCCACAGGCAAGGGAGGCACAGAUGGCGCAGCAGCAGCUGCAGCAGUAA